GGGUGCCGACCCGGCCAGCCCAGCGGCGGCCGAGGAGCGCGCCCUGCUCGGCGGACCGUCCUUCUUCUCCACCUACUACGACGACGAGGACCUCGUCGAGCGCGCGUUCGAGCCGGCACAGAAGGUCAUCGUCUCCGUCUCCGGCGACCCCGAAGCCGACGACGAGCACCUCUACUACGCCGGCCGCGCGCCGCCGUUCUCGUGGCGCAAGCUCUGGCUGUUCACCGGGCCCGGGUUCCUGAUGAGCAUCGCCUUCCUCGACCCGGGCAACCUCGAGGGCGACCUCCAGGCCGGCGCAACCGCCGGCAACACGCUGCUCUGGCUGCUUUUCUGGGCCACGGCUAUGGGUUUGCUCGUGCAGCUGCUCGCCGCGCGCCUCGGGGUGGCCACGGGGAAGCACCUCGCCGAGCUCUGCCGCGACGAGUACCCGGACUGGGCGCGCCGCGCGCUCUGGCUCAUGGCCGAGAUCACCAUGGUCAGCGCCGACAUCCAGGAGGUCAUCGGGAGUGCCAUUGCCAUCAAGAUCCUCAGCAACGGCUUCUUGCCGCUCUGGGCUGGCGUUGUUAUCACUGCAUUGGAUUGCUUUAUUUUUCUUUCCCUGGAGAACUAUGGGGUGAGGAAGUUGGAGGCUGUAUUUGCAGUUCUGAUAGCAACAAUGGCAUGGUCGUUUGCUUGGAUGUUUAUAAAGACCAAGCCUAACGGAAAAGACAUAAUUAUUGGUGUUCUGGUUCCUAGGCUGAGUUCAAGAGAGAUAAGCCAAGCUGUUGGGCUUGUUGGAUGUGUUAUCACGCCCCAUAAUGUGUUCCUUCAUUCUGCUCUUGUGCAAUCAAGAAAGAUCGAUCCACACAAGGAAUAUCAAGUCCGCGAAGCGCUGAGGUACUAUACCAUUGAAUCCACCAUGGCAUUGGUAGUGCCCUUCAUGAUAAAUUUAUUUGUCACAACAGUUUUUGCGAAAGGGUUUUAUGGUACCAAAGAAGCAGGUAACAUUGGCCUUGAGAAUGCUGGGCAUUUUCUACAAGAGAAGUUUGGGGGAGGUUUUUUCCCUAUCCUUUAUAUUUGGGGAAUUGGGCUAUUGGCAGCUGGCACAAGUAGUACCAUAACUGGAACUUACGCUGGGCAGUUUAUAAUGAGUGGGUUUCUGAACUGGCGGUUGAAGAAAUGGAUCAGAGCAUUGAUCACUCGGAGCUUUGCUAUUGUGCCAACUAUAACUAUUGCUCUAUACUUCAACGCAUCUGAUUCUGCACUUGAUGUUCUGAAUGAGUGGCUUAAUGUGCUUCAGUCAAUUCAGAUCCCAUUUGCACUUAUCCCAUUGGUAACAUUGGUAUCCAAGGAGCAAGUAAUGGGAGUGUUUAAGAUAGGUCCACGAACACAAAUUGCAACUUGGGCAGUUGUAUCCGUACCAAUAAUAAUCAAUGGCUGCUUCCUGUUGGAUUUCUUCUCUUCAGGAUUGAAAGGCCUACUAUCUGGCUUAGUUCUCUUCGCAGCGGUGCUUGCUUAUAUUUCUUUCCUAGUAUAUCUCAUCUUUCGGGGCAUUACCAUAUUUUCAUAGCAGAUCAGAACGAAGAGUUUGACAUGAUGAGGAACAGGAUAUACAUUGACUACAUGAGAAACCUGCAUUGUGGUGAUACCUUGUGUAAAAUUUAGGAGACUAACAGAUUGGGGAUGAUCAUUUUGUAUCUGUUCGGAGGAGAAGGUUCGGUUGUUGGGAAGAACUGCAGCUGCUGUUGUGCCGUUGUCACUGUCUGCAGAUGGAAAAAAAAAAAACGGGAGGUAUUAACCGGUGUUGUACAGUAUGUCGUUCUCUAGUUUGAUGUGUGAAGUGAUGGAUUGAUGAUUG